UCAUGCAUUUCAUUCUCUGUUUCAGUGCUCUCCCCCGCCGCGACCUUCGCCCUCAGUCAUCCGUCCGCUGACGCCACCUGCCCCACUCCGCCCACUCCUGCCCCCUCGCCGCCACGCACCCCAUCCGCCUCCUCCAGCCACUCUCCGCAGCCGCAGCCCUCCUCCUCCACCACUGGUAACGGAGGCGGCAGUCCCGCGCACGCGCAAGGCAAGCCACCCUACUCGUACGUCGCCCUCAUCGCCAUGGCCAUCCAGAGCAGCGUUGCCAAGAGGGCCACGUUGUCGGAGAUCUACCAGUACAUCACCGCCAAGUUUCCAUAUUUCGAGAGGAACAAGAAGGGGUGGCAGAACUCGAUAAGGCAUAAUUUGAGUCUCAACGAGUGUUUUGUCAAGGUGCCCCGAGAAGGCGGCGGCGAGCGCAAAGGCAACUACUGGACGGUGGAUCCGCAAUACGAGGACAUGUUCGAGAACGGCAACUACCGGCGGCGGCGGCGCAUGAAGCGGCCGUACCGGUCGGCGGCGGCCGCCCAUCCGCCCUACCCGAAGGCCUUCUUCGGCGACGCGCUCGCCCAGCACGGCCUGCCCAUCGCCAGGAACAUCUUCACGCCGCCCGCCUACCCGCCGCCCUACUCCAGGUACGAGACGACGUGGCUGUCCCAACCCAACCUGUCGUACUCGGCCUGCCCGUCGGGAGGGUACGCGCAGCCGGCGUACGCCGCCCCGGGCGCCUUCAGCCCGUGCGGCGGCGGAGCGGGCGGCAGGCAGGAACCGCCCGCCGCGCGGUACCCCUACUGGCCGCCCGACGUCGAGUACUCGCCGCCAGGGCAGCACGGCUCGCCGCCCGCCGAUCCGCAGCUGCUGCUGCAGUGGUGA